CUCGGGUAAGGUCAUUUUGUUUUCCAAUUUUUCUCAGCCAGGACAGCCAUUGGAUUGCGUGGUUUGUCCGCAGUGGAAAGUUUUUCUGGUGUCAGAAACCGGCUUUUUCAACGUACAAAACGAAGGUGUUUACGUAAGAUCCGUAAGUUGAGGGGAAAAGCCCGGAGGGCCCAAACCUACAGGAGUUCUAGAAGAAUAUGACGACUGGAAGCGGCUGGCUUGCGCUAGUCGCAUUUAUCUUCAUCGGUUGUUUCGACCGGACUGCGAGUGUCGACAGAAAUAAUUUCAAGACAUGCGAUCAGAGCAGCUUUUGUCGCCGUUUGCGACAGUCCGAGUCGGAAGUGAGCAGAUUCGAGAUACUUCCGGAAACUUUGCAGACCUAUAAACAAUACAUUCUGGUUGAUUUGCAACACACGGAAACCAAACACUUAUAUGUGCUUAAGUUAGCUGCCGUUAAAGGUGGACUGUUUCAUUUCCAAAUCGAUGAAAAGAGUCCACUGAGCGCUCGUUAUCGAGUCACGGAUGCACUUAGCAAAGAACCGGAUUAUGUCGCUCUAAAGGUUGAAGCAAGUUCAGGUACAGAAAUUACCAUCUCGUCGGAAGGAGGCUUGAGCAAAGCAAUAGUGAAGGUUGCUCCCUUUAGGAUUGAGUUCUACCGAGAGAACACUCUUGUUCUUGUGGCUAACUCGAAAGGUCUCAUGAAAUUUGAACACCUACGGCGGAAGGAGCUAAAACCGGCAGAGCAAACGGCUGAUAAUGACGGGCAGGAUGCUGCAGAAAAUGCAGUUGAAGAACCGAAGGAAGAUCCCGGUGCUUGGGAAGAAAAUUUCAAAUCUCACCACGACUCGAAACCCAAAGGACCGGAAGCACUGUCAAUGGAUUUCAGCUUUCCUCAAGGCAAAGUGCUGUACGGCAUCCCAGAGCAUGCGGAUUCUUUCGCAUUGAAGCACACUGCUGGCGGUAAAAGUGAUCCGUACCGGCUCUAUAAUUUGGAUGUUUUUGAGUACGAAUUGGAUAAUGGAAUGGCCCUAUACGGUGCGGUACCGGUUAUCUACAGCACUGGUCCCGGAAGCACGACCGGAGUGUACUGGCAGAAUGCUGCUGAAACGUGGGUAGACAUUUUCGUUCCGGAACAAGAGAAGAACGUAAUGUCCUCGAUUGUCAAUUUUGUGUCACGCUCAACUCAGGAAGAUCCACCUGCCGCGAACUUCAUUUCGGAGAGCGGCAUUAUUGAUGUGUUUGUACUGACGGGUCCUUCGCCACUGGAUGCCUUCCGCCAAUAUACGGAUCUGACCGGAAAAGCUCCACUUCCACAGCUGUAUGCGAUAGCCUAUCACCAGUGCCGAUGGAAUUACAAUGACGAACAGGAUGUAACUUCGGUUUCGGCUAAAUUCGACGAGCAUGACAUUCCAAUGGACACGAUGUGGUUGGAUAUUGAGUAUACCGACGGUAAGAAAUACUUCACUUGGGAUCACCACAAGUUUCCGCAUCCAUUGGAGAUGAUCCGGAACUUAACGGAACGUGGCCGCCAUCUGACUAUUAUUAUCGAUCCUCAUAUCAAACGCGACGGAAGUUAUUUCUUCCACAACGAUUGUACCGAUCGUGGCUAUUACGUAAAGAACAAGGACGGAAACGUGUACGAAGGUUGGUGCUGGCCUGGAUCGGCCAGCUAUGCGGACUUUUUCGAUCCGGCGGUGCGUAAAUACUACGCUGACCAGUAUCUGUUGGAAAAUUUCAAGGAAUCCACUGCCGAAGUCGGCAUUUGGAACGACAUGAACGAACCGUCGGUUUUCAACGGACCGGAAGUUACCAUGCUAAAGGAUAACCUUCAUCAUGGUGGCUGGGAACAUCGUGACGUGCACAAUCUCUACGGCCAUAUGCACAUAAUGGCAACCUACGACGGAUUGAUUCGUCGUAGUGAAGGAGCUCUGCGUCCGUUCAUUUUGACUCGCUCGCACUUUGCGGGUAGUCAAAGAUACGCAGCUGUUUGGACUGGUGACAAUAUGGCAGAAUGGGGUCACCUGCAGGCAUCCAUUAAAAUGUGCUUGUCACUUGCGGUGGCCGGCGUCAGCUUCUGCGGUGCUGAUGUCGGAGGAUUUUUCGGAAAUCCCGACGGUGAACUAUUUUAUCGCUGGUACCAAGUUGGUGCUUUCCAGCCGUUCUUCCGUUCACACGCUCAUAUUGACACGAAACGUCGUGAGCCUUGGCUGUUUCCGGAGGAUGUUAAGCUGGUGAUUCGGGAUGCUAUUCGCAAACGCUACCGACUGCUUCCGCUUUGGUACACCAUGUUCUACGAACAUGAGCGCUCCGGUUUACCCAUCAUGCAGCCAAUGCUGGCACAUUAUCCAUCAGAUGUGAAGUGCUACACCCUCGACAGUCAGUAUAUGCUUUCGGACAAGCUGCUGGUAGCUCCGGUGUUGAAGGCUGGCCAAACGAAAGUGGAUGUGUAUGUCCCCGCCAAAGAAAGCGGAGAGUCGGAUUUGUGGUAUGAUGUAGACAACUAUCGCAAAUUCUCGUCAACUGGUUUCGAAUCGAUUUCCGCGGAUAGCUAUAAGCUUCCGGUAUUUCAACGCGGUGGCUCUAUUGUUCCUCGCAAGGAGAGGGUUCGUCGCGCAGCGACUUUAAUGAAAGAUGAUCCCUACACACUGGUUGUUGCCCUAGACCGGCAUGGAGCUGCUAAAGGCACCCUUUAUAUUGAUGACGAAACAAGCUUCGAGUAUCGCUCGGGAAAAUAUCUAUAUUUAGAGUUCGAGCUGAAAGAUAACGUCCUCAGCAGCAGAAAAAUCGACGAAACCGCUAGUUACGCUACAAAGAGCUGGCUAGAGCGAGUGGUAUUGGUCGGUCUAUCUAAGGUACCUAAAUCGGCCACAUUACACCAAUCGAACGGAGAUUCGUCAACGCUGUCCGUUUAUGCCGAGGAUGGGGCCGUUGUCGUUCGUAAACCCGCCGUCUCCAUGCUUGAUAGCUGGUCGAUCAAGCUGAAUUACUAAACUGUUGCGGUGUAGUGUGGAUUUGCUCACGGCGGCUCUAACGGAGCCGGUGAGAUUGACAUUUUUUCCGCACUGACUGAUCAUGAUCAUUCAAACGCAUCCCGUUAGGAAUACGUAGCAAAAACAACCCCCUUCUGUUUCCUUCAGUGUAGCAUUAUAUUUCAAUUAGAAUUACAAAGUGAUAUAGUACGAUAGUAGGAGGCUUUAACUGCAUAUUUGAAAGAACUAGACAAAUACGAUUCAAACACCUGCCCUGGAAAGGAUGAUUCGAAAUUUUUGAUUUUUAAGCCGAUAUGAUAAUAGAGCAGAUUAAAGCGUUA